UGUUGAAAAACUUUUAUAUUUAUUCUUAUGCAAUGUCAUCUACGGGUACUGAUUUCGAACCUGUUAAAAAAGUUAUUUCUGAAAGUAUAAACGUGCCUGACAUAACGGACAUAACGGACAUAACGGAGGUUAAACAAACUGUUGAAAGCAUGACCUCAAAAGUUGGCGAUGUUGACUUUUCAGAAAUGACAAUCCAUCAAGCAUCUCGACAAGGAUUUCUACAUAUUGUAAAAAAUAUAAUCGAAAGUGGAUAUGCUAAAGCAACAGAUAGAGACACUGAAAACGUGACUCCGUUACAUUUUGCUGUAAUUAAUAAUCAUGUAACCGUUGCAAAAUAUUUGAUUGAUAAUGGUGCUGAAAUAGAUGCUUUUGGUGGCGAUUUGAUUGCUACUCCGUUACAUUGGGCAUCAAGUCUCCGUGAUUCUCAAGGCUUUGAUUGUUUACACCUUGCCGUACAUUCUUCUAAUCCUAUGUUAGUGUUAUACUUUAUAUGUCUGGAUAUGGCCAUUGAUACUCAAGACUCUUCACAGCAUACUCCCUUGAUGUGGGCCGCUUAUCAAUGUGAUUCAUUAAUUGUAGAUAUACUUAUUCGACUUGGUGCUUCUCUAUCCAAAGUUAAUAAUACGCAGCUUACUCCUCUACAUUUUGCUGCUAUGAAAUCUGAUAAAAUGUGUUUGAGAAAGUUAAUAGAGGCUGGUGCAAAUAUUAAUGCAAAGGAUGAGAAUGGUAAAACGCCAUUUGAUAUUGUUAAAGAAGUAAAGGCUAUUGAUAAAUGGAAAAAGGCAAUGAAGGAAACUGGUUUGGAAAAUAAUGUAGAUACCGCUCAUCAACAGGAAUGUGGUGGAAAAUGUAAAACUGCUCACAAACAUAAUCAUUUUUCAAAAAUUUCUAAGGUAUUUGAAGGUCAUGAUGAUAUCGUUAACCCUUUUGAUUUUGGUUGUUGGUAUAAUUGUAUAAAUUUUUGGUCGGAAGGGAAAAGUGGAAUGUUACAAAAUGUCGAUUGGUAUGAAAUUUUUGAUACUUCUUUUAUUGAUUCGCGUGAUGAUAUGAAAUCAAAUGGUUAUACUGUUUUAAAAAGAGAUGAGGAAAUC